AUGAAAUGUUCAGGAUGUGCCUUUGUUCGUUAUUGUGAUCGUACUUGUCAAAAAAAUGGAUGGAUUAUUCAUAAAUAUGAAUGCCAUAAUUUAAAAAGGAUAGCUCCUCGAAAAUUGCCGGAUGCUGCUAGAUUACUAUCUAGAAUAAUCAUAAAAUUAAAUAAAGGGGGUGCAGAUGAAAAAUCUUACUAUACUAAAUCAAACUAUCGUAAAUUUAAGGACUUAAUGUCUCGUAAGUUAUUUAAACAUUUUAUGUCAUUGAAUUCUGUUCUACACGAAUAUUUACAAGAUCAAUUGAUUCCGAAUACAGCAGAAUUAUUAAUGGUCAUAAAUACUUUUAAUAUCCUUGAUUCAGAAAUGCAAAGUAUUGGAUCUGGAUUGUACCUUGCUUCCUCUAUCAUCGAUCAUUCUUGUUCACCGAAUGCAGUCGCUGUUUUCAAAGGUACUACAAUCUUUAUUAGAACCUUAGAAGAUAUUCCAAUUAUGGAUUGGUCAAAGGUAUUCAUUUCAUACAUUGAACUACUGAAUCUUCCAGAGAUUAGACAACAGGAGCUUUUAUCUUCAUAUUAUUUUCUUUGUCAAUGUUCAAAAUGUACAGAUUCUGACAAUCUUAAUUUCAUGAAAUCAAUAUAUUGUCAAAAUGAAAAAUGUAAAAACUUUUUAAUGCCAAAUGAAGUUGAAUGCCAUAAAUGUGGACAAUCCAUUUCUAAAGAAGACGAAGAUGAAAUAAAAGAAAUAAUACAAUACACCGAAAGUGAAUUAAAUAAAAUGGAAAAUAUGGCUUAUUUAGAUAUUUGCAGGAUAUGCUUGCAAAAACAAGAAAAAUAUUUAACACCUUUAAAUAUUUACAAAGUAAAAAUUUUAGAUUUGGCCAUGGAGAGUUCAAUAGCUCUUGAAAAUUGGGAAUCUGCCGUUUUUUACGGACGACAAUUAUUAGAACCUUUUUUGAAAUAUUAUGGAGAAUAUCAUCCGCUGAGAGGGAUUUUUCUUAUGAAAUUAGGAAAAAUUUUAUUUCUUUUAAAUAAUAUUGACGAGGCUAAAAAAUAUUUUAAAGAAGCUAAUUUAAUAUUGUCGGUAACUCAUGGUAAAAAUCAUUGCUUCUCUCGAGAACUUAAUAACUACAUGUGUCAAAGUUGA